AUGCAACACACUCCUAUUAUUCCUUGUUCAUUAAAAGAAGUUCAUACAGCAAAUUGUGGUUUCAUCGCUCUCAUUGAUGCAUAUGUUACACAUGAUCUUAUUUGUCCUAUGAUUUCAGAUCGUGAUUGGAUUCAAAACAAUUAUGUUAAUAUUAAUUUCUAUACCAAUCAUAUUUAUCUAUUUAAUGGUCUUGCUUCAACUGCUUUAUUACUUAAACUUCUUCGUGAUCCAGUUAUUAUGUCCUUAUCACAUGAUACUGUUAUUACUUCACUUCAUACAAAAUUUCUUUAUGGUCAUGCACCUAUUAAAUCAUUAGAUGACGCAUUAUUUACACCUAAUGUUGCUUUACAACAUACUCGAAUGGUUCUUAUACCUCAUUCGUUGCUUCAUAUUCGUAAUAAUCGUGGUGUUAUAUCUGUUAUUAACAAUACUCGUCAUUCAAAAAUGAUUCCACGUAAUACUCCUCUUGGAUUUAUAUCUUCAUCAACUACAACAGCUGAUAUCAAUGUCAUUUCUACGUCAUCUAUGAACUCAUCUCAUUUUUCUUUACCAUCUAUAUCUUUAUUGUGAUGCACU